UUCAUGCUAUAACAUAUCGAAAUUGUGCCGUUUUAAUCAACCAAAGUGAUGUCAGUUUGAUACGGUGCCGAUUUAGGCUAUAGCACAAACUAUUUUACGAGACUUUCCGAAUGGUACAGCAAUAGCUCCUCGCACCGCGGGUACCAACCGAAGCCAGGAAACGGGAAGUAAGCAAGAUGGCAGCGAUAGACAAAGUUAAAGUUGUGGUAGUCGGCGAUUCCGGUGUGGGUAAAACAUCACUUGUCCAUUUGAUCUGUCACAAUGAACCACAAUCAAAUCCUGCUGCAACAAUUGGCUGCUCAGUGGAAGUGAAGCUUCAUGAAUACAGAGCAGGACUACCCAAUGAGAAAACAUACUUUGUUGAACUGUGGGACAUCGGGGGGUCAGCUAGUCAUCAGAACAGCCGCUCCAUCUUCUAUAACUCAGUAAACGGUAUUAUUCUAGUCCAUGACUUGACAAACAGGAAGUCCCAUCAGAAUAUCAGGAAGUGGCUGUCCGAGGUCCUCAACCGAGACUCCACACAGAAAGGCAACGGGUAUGAGUUUGACCCUGAGCAGUUUGCUGGGAACCAGAUCCCAAUACUGGUGGUAGGCAGCAAGGCCGACCUCGCCCAGAGUCUCCGCGAGGACACACGCACCUAUGAUAAAUACUCGUCUAUAGCCGAGGAAUGUGGAGCCGAUGAGCUGAACCUGGAUUGUAUGCAAGUAAAGUAUUUAGCCCCAGGCACAACAAAUGCAGUGAAGCUGACCAAAUUUUUUGAUAGGACGAUCGAGCGGCGUGCGGCAAUCAGGUCAGUGGUAACCGAGCAGCCUAUGACUUUGCUGAGUGAUAGAUUCUGUCUCAUUAACCAGUAACAGAGGUGGGCGAGGAGGACCUCGAGGUAAUUACCUGAGCGUUGUGGCCAUAUAAGUCCAAAUCAGGAUAGGAGACGGUUUUGGAAAAAUUCCCAUGUGGACUGAGAGCUAUGAUGGAAGUGUUAAAACUUGAUCAGUGUUUGGACCUGCAGACAGUCUGUGCAUGCAGGGGUGGUGAAGUCACCAUUGACCAGCAAACGCUGCUGACAAUUCUGCCACAGUGACAACAUUCCUCAUACCCUGUGUGACACUGAAUAGAAUAUGUGAUACAGCAGUCAGAGCCUAUGUCACCCAGGAUACUGUGUGAACCAGCCCCAUCAGCUGAGAUUUGGGAUCCUGCUCAAGACAGAGUUAUCCUCUGAUAUUCUCCAUCGGUCUGGGAACAACCAUUUACAAUCUUAAUCUGUUGGUGGAACAGCAGCAUUGCACAGUUAUUUCAAACUCUAACAUUUGAUUGAAGAUUGUUAUGCUUUAGUCAAAGUCAUCAUGAUGUAUAUAUUUGAACUAUAAAUAUUAUAUUGUACAGGAAA